GUUUUCACUGGUGCCUACCUAGCAGCUGUUGACUUAGUGAACUUUAUGUUCAUUCUCUUCCCAGUCUGUGGAUCCAGAUCCAAGUCUAACUCAGGUCGAGGUACCCGAGAGAGGAAGAGGAGGCGGCGGCUCAGGGCCAGUGUGUUUGCUCUCAUCUUGCCCCUGAGCCUGGGCCCAGGCUGGGCUCUCUGGGCUGCUGUCCCGAAGGCUUCAGCCCCUGUCCAAGGGCCACAGCGGAGGCUGCUGGGGAGCCUGCUGCAGGAAAACACUGAAGUCCUUGGCUACCUGCUGGGAGGCAUUGCUGCCUUCGGCUCCUGGGCAUCCCGGAUUCCCCCAUUCUCCAGAAUCUGCCGAGGGAAGUCGUUCUCCUGCAUCCAUCUGUGGAGCCGGCUCCUGUCGGCCCUGGCUGGCCUCCUCUAUGCCUCGGCCAUUGUGGCCCAUGACCGGCAGCCUGAGUACCUGCUGCGGGCCACGCCCUGGUUCCUGACCUCUCUUGGCGGGGCUGCGCUGGACCUCGCUAUCAUUUUCCUGUCAUGUGUGAUGAAGAGCAAGAUGAGACAAGCCUUGGGAUUUGUCACUGAAGCCAGAGAGAACGCUGACACCCAAGCCCUUUUGACCUGUUCAGAGAAAGAGGAUGAAAACCAGGAGGCCAGGACUGAGGACAAGAACUCAGAUUGGGUGCCGCUUACCACUUUAUCACACUGCAAGUCACUGAAGACCAUGACAGCAAUCAGUCGCUACAUGGAGCUGACCAUCGAGCCCGUACAGCAGGCAAGCUGCAGUGCCACCAGGCUGCCCGGGGAUGGACAGAUGAGCACAGGAGACACGUCCCUGCAGGAGCCUCCCUCAUAUCCUCCUGUUCAAGUCAUCCGGGCCCGAGUGUCUUCCAGCAGCUCCUCUGAGGUCUCCUCCAUCAACUCUGAUCUGGAGCACAAGUAUUGGGAGGCCCUAAACUUGGAGCAGUGGGACCCUGAAGAUGUCAACCUUGAAAGGAAUAAGGACAACAUGGAGACCCUCAGAACCCAAGUGCACAGGGACUCUUUGAAUGCAAUGGACUUUACCUCUGAUGACUGAUACCUUCAAGGGCCAGUCCAUCAGCUUAGAGCCCAAGGUCAGGCAUUUAUAGUGGCUGGGCAGAACCAACCUACAGUGACAUCCAUGGCAGGAAUUUAAGCUGUUGCAGUAAGGACCCCAGAGCUGUCACUGAAGUUAGCUGUUCUACACCACCAAAGCUCAGGAUGGAGCUAAGACUCUAGGUUCUGUGAACAACCUGGACAUGCCCAGUUUGUUCUGAAGAUUAGAAGUUCACAGAUGGCUCCUGCUUUGUAAAGCUAAAUCUUCAUUCAAAGGACACUAGGCUCAGUGCAGUGGUGUAUUUCUAUAAUCCCAGCAGUUGGGAGGCUGAGGCAGCAGGAUUGAAGUUUGAAGCCAGUCUGGGCUACAUGGUGAGACUAUCUCCAAAAAAAAGACAUUGGACCUUUUUUCUAUCUUCCCUUUUCCUUUAUUCCCAAGAAAUUCGACCAUAAACAUAGCAUCUGCUACAUGCCAGGAAUGAGUUUACCUAACAAACAGCAGUGUGUUUGGAUCUUAGCAAAGCCCAAUCUGCAAGACCUGGAUAAAUUCAGAAGGGAGGAUUGGGCCCAGGUGCUGGGAUCCUAGGGUUCACACACAGGAACAGCCAGGACCUAGCUUCUGCCCUCCAUUCACUCUCGCUUGAGUUAUC